AUGGAUAUGCUUAACACCAUUCUCAAUCUUCUUCUUCCUCCUCUCACCAUCAUCUUUCUAAUCCUCUUUUACCCAUUUUAUCUUUUGAUCAAACUUGGGAGUUGUCUUCAUAAGAACCUUCGCUUCGAAAACGUAGCUGGAAAAGUUGUUCUAAUCACCGGAGCCUCCUCCGGCAUUGGAGAGCAUGUCGCAUACGAAUACGCGAAGAAAGGAGCAUAUUUGGCUCUUGUUGCUCGAAGAAAGGAUCGUCUAGAGAUGGUUGCGGAAACAUCACGUCAAUUAGGAUCUAGUGAUGUCAUCAUCAUACCUGGCGAUGUUGCUAAGCUUGAGGACUGCAAGGAAUUCAUCAGUGAGACGAUUCAUCAUUUCGGAAAACUAGACCACCUGAUCAACAAUGCUGGUGUAUUUCAAACUGUCAGUUUCGAAGAUUUCACCCAAAUUCAAGACGCUAAUCCUAUAAUGGCAAGCAAAGCGGCCUUAUUAAGAUUUUUCGAGACAUUAAGAGUUGAGCUCAGUCCGGAUAUCAAAAUAACAAUUGUUUUUCCUGGAGUUGUAUCUACAAAUAUGACCACUCCUCACUAUAUAGAAAAAUAUGGUUCAGAUUUUAUUCUGUCAGAAUCAGUAAGUGAAUGCGCAAAAGCAAUCUUCAGAGGCAUUGGCAGAGGAGAGACAUCCAUUGAAGAACCAUCUUGGAUGAAAAAUGUGUGUCCUGAAAUCGUUGACUAUGCACUCAAGUAUUUAUAUUUCCGUUAUCUCAAACCAUAUUUCAAGCGUGAUUGA